UCUCAUUGGCUGUAAAACAGCAACACGUUUACUGAACUCUUCUAUUUGUUGUGUUUAAGAUAGUCUAGAUCUCAAGAUCUACGUUCUAAAUCUCUCUCUACAUUCUGUCAUUCACAUUAUGAACACUUGAUUAUUUACAGAUUCAAGAAGAAUAAUAUUUAUAAGUAUUAGAUCUAGAUUCUAGAUCUAUCAGUAUACUCAAAUACUGGGAUACAGUUAAACAAAAUGUCACUUAUUAUGCCGCAAAUAAAAAAUAAGCAAAGAAGAGGUGAAAUGUACAAAAAGUUUUUAAAGGAAAAACGAAAGGUCAAAAUGGAAGAAAAGAAGAAAAGGAAAAAAGAAGAGAACCAACUAGGAUCAAAGGCGCCUCCAAAGAAAAAGCCUAAAACUAUAGAAAAUAUGAGAGUACCAGAUGAAACAAUGGUGGAUCCAACCAAUGAAGAAACAGUUUUAGAUUUAGAACAAGAUGAAAUGGCACCUUACUUCAAGCAGGAAACCACACCAAAAAUUCUAAUCACCACUUGUGACAGACCAAAAAAUAAAACAAACAGCUUUAUUAAAGAACUUAAAAAAGUAAUUCCUAAUUCUGUAGUCAAAUAUCGACGUGGACUGGAUUUGAAAAAAAUUAUUCCCCAAGCAAUAGCUAAAGAUUUUACAGAUUUGCUAGUGGUAAAUGAAGAUGCAGGUGAACCUAAUGGGUUAGUUUUGUGUCAUCUUCCAGAUGGCCCUACAGCUGAAUUCAAGAUGAUGAAUGUCAAGUUGUGUAAAGAAUUAAAGAGACUUGGAGAAAUGUCUGAUCAUGAGCCAGAAAUCAAUGUACAUAAUUUUAACACACGAUUAGGUGUCACUAUAGGUAGAAUGUUGACCUGCCUGUUCCCUCACAGACCUAACUAUCGUGGUAGGCGGGUUGUCACCUUUCACAAUCAGAGGGAUUUUAUUUUCUUCAGACACCACAGAUACCAGUUCAGAAAUGCAGAGAAAGUAAGUUUACAAGAAUUGGGGCCUAGAUUUAUCCUUAAGUUGCGAUCUCUGCAAAAAGGGACAUUCGACUCUAAGUCUGGGAUAUAUCUCUGGAUACAUAAGCGUCAUGAAAUGGACACCAGCAGAAGAAAGUUCCACUUGUAACUAGAGAACAAAUGCUGACUAAAUGAUGCUCAUACAUUGCCCUGUUCAAUUCUAUGAACUAUUAAAGAUGAUGUGAACUUUU